ACUGACAAGCCUCCGAAUAUUUGUGCAUAUGCCGAUUGUGCAUCAGUGGUCUCUACGUAUGGUUUGCCCUGCAAGUACUGUGAACGAAGAUUCUGCUACUCUCAUAUACUCGCAGAAGUCCAUGGCUGUGGAGACAAGGCGUCGAAGGCGGCUCGAGUACGUUUGAAACAGUUUGGU